AUGGCAGCAGAUGACAACCAUCCUGAGAGUACUCUCCCUUACCCACCUAUAUACAAGGAUGCGCCAGUCGUGGUGUUGUCUGACUGGGACGGUACAAUCACCAAUCGCGAUUCGAACGACUACUUGACGGAUAAUCACGGAUUUGGCGAGAAACUAAGGCGAGAGGGGAAUCUUGAUAUUCUGGAAGGUCGUUCCACUUUUAGGGAUGCAUUCAAGGAGAUGCUGGAUAGCGUCAAGACUCCUUUUGAGGAAUGCAAAGAGAUUCUCAAGAAAAAUAUUAUCUUGGACCCUGGAUUCAAACAAUUUUUCGAAUGGUGCAAGUCCAACAACGUCCCCAUCAUUAUUGUUUCGAGUGGGAUGGCGCCUUUGAUUCGUGCAGUACUUUCCAACCUCAUAGGCGAAGAGGACGCACAGACGAUAGAUAUUAUUUCAAACGAUGUUGAAGUGCGGCCUGAUGGACAAUGGAGCAUAAAGUUCCGGCAUCCUACCAGUGGUUACGGGCACGACAAGUCGCAGGCGAUCUUGCCAUACAAGGAACUUUCGCAUCGGCCCAUCCUGUUCUUUUUUGGUGAUGGUGUCUCUGACCUAUCUGCUGCGAGGCACGCGGAUGUCUUGUUCGUGAAAAACGAUAAGCCCGAAGGUCAGAAUGAUCUUGCGGUUUACGUGAAGCGGGAAGGGAUACCCCAUAUUCUGUUCACUGAUUUUACAAAAGCUCUGCCCGUUGUGCAGAGUAUCGUCAAGAAAGAGAAAACAGUGGACGAGGUCCUUCAAUAUUAA